GUGACACAGGCGCGGGGAUUCCGAACGGCGGCGCCGGGGAGGUGCGGCCCACUCCGCACCGCACCGGGGGAGGCCGAGAGCGCGGCCCGUACCGCACCGGGAGGGGGAGGUCCGGGAGCGCGGCCUGAGCCGCACCGGAGGUGCUGGGCCCGGGAGCCCCCCGGCCGGGCUGCGGGUCCCGCAGCGCAGUACGAGUGUGCGGCCCGUCGCUGCGGCCUUCCCUCGGGCGGGCCGCCCUGCCCCCGGCGCCGUUCGCCGCUCCAUCUGCCCCGGAGGCGCCGCCUCCCGGCGGAGUGAACCACGGCCCGCGCUGCCUUGCCGGUGGCGGCCGGACAGGAUGCCCAGGGUGACGCUGAACGGCAUCACGGUGGAUUUCCCCUUCCAGCCCUACCGCUGCCAGGAGGCCUACAUGGCCAAGGUGCUGGAGUGCCUUCAGAAGAAGGUAAAUGGCAUUUUGGAGAGCCCUACGGGCACAGGGAAGACCCUCUGCCUGCUGUGUUCCACUCUGGCUUGGCGGGAACACUUAAAAGAUACUAUCUCAGCCCGCAAAAUUGCACAGCGUAUGAAUGGGAUGGAACUCUUUCCAGACAGACCCAUGUCGUCCUGGGGCAAUGCUGCCACAGAUGCCGAUAUCCCAACUUAUUACACUGACAUUCCUAAAAUAAUUUAUGCCUCCAGAACUCACUCACAACUUACACAGGUCAUUAAUGAGUUAAAGAACACAGUCUACAGGCCAAAGGUAUGUGUUUUGGGUUCCAGAGAGCAGCUUUGCAUCAAUCCUGAAGUGAAGCGACAGGAGAGCAACCACAUGCAGAUCUACAUGUGCCGAAUGAAAGUGAUGGCUCGUACUUGUCAUUUCUAUAACAAUGUGGACGAAAAGAGUACGGAGAAAGAACUGAUUGAACCAAUCAUGGAUAUUGAAGACUUGGUUAAAAAUGGAAACAAGCACAGAGCUUGUCCUUACUAUCUUUCUCGAAGCCUGAAGCAGCAAGCAGAUAUUAUUUUUAUGCCUUACAACUAUUUACUAGACUCAAAGAGCCGGAGGGCACACAACUUGGACCUGAAGGGGACUGUGGUAAUUCUUGAUGAAGCUCACAACGUGGAAAAGUUGUGUGAGGAGUCAUCUUCUUUUGACUUGACACCCUAUGAUUUGGCUUCGGCAAUGGAUGCUAUAAACAUCGUACUGGAAGAACAAGCCAAAGUGGUUCAACAGAAUGAAAUAAAGGCUGAAUUCAAUAUGGAGUUGGGCACUUCAGGGCUGAACAUGGAACUUGAAGAUAUAGCAAAGAUAAAGAAAAUUCUUCUUCAGCUAGAAAGUGCUAUUGAUGCAGUGGAGCUGCCAUCGAAUGGUAGUGGAGUCACCAAAGAGGGAAGCUACAUCUUUGAUCUGUUCGCUGAGGCCCAAAUAACAUUGCAGACCAAAUCCUUGCUCUUGGAGUCACUUGAGCAGAUUUUACAGUUUCUUUCAGGCCGUACUGGGAUAUUUGUCAAUAUAUCUGGAUUGCAUAAGCUCUCGGAUAUUAUCCAGACAGUAUUCAGCACUGAUCCUCAGGAAGGCACAACAGAUUUCAUGCCACGUCAGUCAAUAUCUAAACAUUAUAAGGUACAUAUUCAUCUAGAUAACGAUAAUAAGAAAAAGAAACAAAGAACGGAUCUCUGGAAUUCAUCAUUGCCAAAAAAACAAGGAAAGACCUUAAGCUAUUGGUGUUUCAGUCCUGGCUACAGCAUGCAUGAGCUUGUUCGACAGGGAGUCAGGACAAUUAUCCUUACUAGUGGGACUCUCUCCCCACUCUCAUCAUUUACAAUGGAAAUGCAGAUCCCUUUUCCUGUUUCCUUGGAGAAUCCUCAUGUUAUUAAUGAACAGCAGCUCUGGGUUGGGAUCAUUCCUAAGGGACCUGAUGGAGCUGUGCUUACUUCUACCUAUGAAAGAAGGUUUUCAGAGGAUUAUUUGUCUUCUCUGGGGAAAACAAUUGGUAACCUUGUGCGAGUUGUACCACACGGACUGUUGGUGUUCUUCCCAUCAUACUCUGCCAUGGAUAAGAGCCUGGAAUAUUGGCGAGAGCAUGAUUUUACUAAAAGAAUAGAAGAAGUUAAGCCAAUAUUUGUGGAACCCAAGAACAAAGGAAGCUUUGCAGAGGUAAUGGGUGCCUACUAUGAUCAACUUGUCCGUCCUAAGUCCAGUGGAGCUUCUUUUUUGGCAGUAUGUCGGGGGAAGGCCAGCGAAGGCUUGGACUUUGCAGACAUAAAUGGGCGAGGAGUCAUCAUUACUGGGCUUCCGUAUCCUCCUCGUAUGGAUCCCAGAGUCAUUUUGAAGAUGCAGUUCCUGGAUGAAACCAGAAUUAGUCGUGCAGGUGCACAGUAUUUAUCUGGGCAUGAGUGGUACAGUCAUCAAGCUUCCCGGGCUGUUAAUCAGGCUAUUGGCAGAGUCAUCAGACAUCGUCAAGACUAUGGUGCCAUCUUCCUCUGUGACCACAGGUUUGCAGCUGCUGAUGUAAGAGCCAAGCUGCCUUCAUGGAUCCGCCCUUACGUGAAUGUUUAUGACAACUUUGGGCAUGCAAUCAGAAGUGUUUCCCAGUUCUUCCGUGUUGCUCAAGAAAUUAUGCCGCCACCCGUGCCACAAUGCCCUUCUGCCUCUGCUGGUUCCCUAAGUGUAAGUGAUACGGCACCAUCUACUUCAUCUGAGCACGUCCUCUCCCUGAAAAAAGCCAAAAACUUGGAUGACCAUGUUCCCAGUUUGAAGAGGAAAAAACCAGUAAGUGGAGGUGGAGCGUUCAGCCUAUGUGUGGAAUAUGAACAAGAGCUCGUCUCACCCAGAAGACAAUGUUGCGGGCUCUUGGAUGCAUUGGAGUGCCAUGAGAAGAGCAGCAAAGAUGCACAGGAGGAAAGUGCCUUGGUGGGAGAGGAAAAGGCACAGCGUCUGUCAACGCUUUCCCUUCAGUAUGAGAAGAGGUUAACUGAUGAGCAGAAAGGAGGAAGGAAGAAAAUAAAGCUAGUCAGCAAUACACAAGAUAAGAAAGCAGACCCGAUGGACCCGAAGAAGACGCGUGCCAUGCUGUACAUCGCCAUGGUGAAGGAGACCCUAAGCCAACAGAACUAUGAUCUCUUCUCUAAGGCUCUUCAGGACUACAAGAAAACAGACAACUUCCAUACUAUGUUAUCUCAAAUGAGCUCUCUCUUUGUAGAGGAUAAAAAGAAGCAUAUCUUGUUACGAGAAUUUUACCAGUUUGUUCGACCUCAACACAAAAAGCAGUUUGAUGAAGCAUGUUGCAACCUGACUGGAGUGGGCUGUGGCUACAAACCUGAGCACAGCCUCCUGCGGGAAGAGAGAGAGGGACUAGCCAAGAAUACAGAAGAAAACCAGAGUCGGCAGAAAACUGCAUUCUCAGAGGGCUCGUGUGCUCAGCUGAACCCCGGGCUCCACUUGAACCAGGGAGGAGUCCACUUGACAACAGGACUGAAUAGUGCAGGGCAGAAUGCCAGUCAGGCUCCAAGGAAAGACACUGAAAAAGCUUCAAGCCCAAGGAGAGAUCACCACCAGGCCCUCAGGACUGCCUAUCUCAACGACAUAAAAAAGGCUUUGAACAAAAGUGCUUGCAGCCGUUUCUACAAAGCGUUGUUAGAUUACAAGAGGACCAAUAACUAUGACAAUAUGAUCUCGGUGGUAGCAGCCCUCACCACCGAGAGUCCAGAAGACUUUCAUCUCCUACAAAGGUUUAACAUGUUUGUGCGCCCUCAUCACAAAGAGCAGUUCAAACAGAUGUGUAAAGAUUUGACUGGACUGGCCUGUGGUGAGGGAGAAAAGCAAGUGCGACAGCAGGUGCAAAGCGAGGGGAGUUCAGAAAGCUGGAGCAGUAAAGACAACAGCCACGGACAAGAUGCAGCUACUUCUGAGGGUAAGGUGCCGGAGGAAAUUCAGAGGAAUAUUUCUUCCUCUCACUUUAAGCAGGAAAGCAAACUUGAACUGCCAAAGAUUAAAGUAUCAAAAGAAACCAGAAAUGUGAGAGCACCCACAGGCUCUGGAGCUGUGCCUGUCUUUCCCCCAGAGAUGGAAACAGACAUUGAUUCCAGUGCUGUAACUGCAAGUCUGAGGAUGAUGUGCCUUUUAAAUGUCCAUUGUGUGACUUCACUUGCUGCAAAACAUGCUGGGAGCAGUUGUUAAAGGUUGUCUUGCUUACUGGUUUCAGUUUUUCCUGAAACUGCUGGAAAAUGUUGUGCUUUUCAGGAGAACUACGUGGACAGCCCUGGAAACAGAAUUCCUCUUUUUACAGAGAGUAUGCCCAAAUCCCAGUGGAAGACUUACCACUUGUUUCAUUAUUUUCCAUGUUCUGCAGUGUGAUAGGAGGCAGACCUCUGCCUUCUGCUGGGGUUUUUAUACCUUUGCAUCUCCUUCUGAGCUGCCUCCACAUGUUUUCCUGUCUAAAGCUACACAGGCAACAAGCUGUGGAGUCAACUUAAAAAAAAGGUCUUGGUUGUUUUUUUUUUUUAACAUCAGAAUCUUUUCCUUUUUUUUUCUCUCCUUGCUUAGUUUCAUAAUUUUCCCCGUCUAAAAACCUACUGUAAAGCACUAUCAUGAGACGAGGCACAUCAGGAGCAGGCUGCUCAGGGAAGUGGUGGAGUCACCACCCUGGUGUAGAUCUAGCACUUAGGGGCACAGUUUAGUGGUGGACUUGGUAGUGCUGGGUUAACAGUUGAACUCACUGAUCAUAAGGAUCUUUUCCAACCUAAAUGGUUCUAUGAAUCUGGGAUUCUGAAUUUAUGCUCAAAUAUUUAUCUCCUGUGUCAUCCUGUCCUUUGGUUUUCCUGGCUGAGGAAAUUGGUGGUUGAAAUUCUUUAGGUAAGAGAAUGUAAUUGCUCCCACACUGUGUGUUUGGUGGCAUCUUACCCAACAUUGGAUCCGGCAGCCAGGUGUUAGUAAUCUGGGGCCCUGGGUAUGGAAACCAAAUACAAAGUUGAGUGGUGUCUAAAGAUUUAUAGGUGAACGAUGAAGCUCAGAAACCUACAAAAACACUACAGAAGAGAUUUCUUCAACUAUGUGAAUCUAUGAGUAAGUACAAAAUAAUCAGUCAUUCCAAGCUGUAGAAAAAGGUUUGGUUUUUUUUCAAGAAGAUGACUGAGUUAUGUUAGCUAAGUGUAGAAAAUAGUAUACUAACAUCCAAAUAAAAUAUAACAACCAAGACAGACUUGGCCCAAGAGGAAUACAUAAUAAUGUCCAGACUGAUAUUCUCAAACAUGUAUCUCCUAGAGGGAAUUCAGAAUAGCUGUUCAACUAAAUUUCAUUCUCGGUCUGCUAUGCCAUAUUUCUUCAAAAUUAAAAUCACAAAGUAUUGAUUUAUAAGGAAUAUAUGUAAGAAAGUACAAGAAAGCCAAAGGCAGGCAUCUCAUCUUUGCUGCAGGCUGGGCAGUCAAACCAGUCACCCUGGAUAGGAGUUACCACUGAAUACUCGGUUGUUCGUUUUAUGCCAAGGUAUAAUGGGGAUGAACAUCUGACAGCCAGCAUACCCUGCUUCAGAAAAGGCUCUAGGAAAGCCACGACAAGAAUUUUAAUAGCAUGUGUUUGUAAUUGUUGCUUGAGACUUGAGUUGAUUAAGGAACAGAAUGAGCUCCCUGGGGAGUUGUUGGGGUUUUUUUUGUUAGGCAUUUAUUAUCCCACAGGGAGAUUAUCUUAUCUCAUCCCAUAAAUUUUUUUUUUUAAUGUCUGGGGAAAAACCUCUCUCCUUUUGCCAGUAAGAUGUAACUUGCAAUUGUUGUUUCAUCAGCUUAAGAAUCCACAAAAGUAGAACUGCUGCAUAUUGAGCAAUUGUACCGUGCUGUUCCAUGGGUUUUGUCUUGAAAUUGGUUAAUUCUGAGGUCUGAAGUGAAUGUGCAUUUUCAUACCUCAUAGAUCACAGAAAUUGCUGUCUACGUGUUUUUUUAAUAGCUCCUUUAUCUGAUUGCACAUCUCUCAGACUGGGGAUUAAAAUAGUCUGGUUUACUGGAUUAGACUGUAUUUGAAACCCAGGUGCUUGAAUGCAUGUUGGAGGAGGGCAACAAAGCUGGUGGAGGGGCUGGAAGGCACACCCUGUGAGGGGUGCUGAGCACCUGGGGUCUCUCGGGUUUGGAGAGAGGGGGCUGAGGGGUGACCUUAUUGCUCUCUACAGUUUCCUGAGGAGGGGAUGUGGAGAGGGAGGUGCUGAGCUCUUCCCCCUGGUGUCCAGUGAACUGUGUGGAACAGUUCAAAGCUGUGUUGGAGAGAUUCAGACUAGAUACUAGGAAACACUUCUUUACUGAGAAGGUGGUCGGACGAUGGAACAGGCUUCCUAGAGAGGGGGGCGAUACCCCAGUGCCUUUAAUAAUACGCUUUAACUGUUGUUCAGCCCUGAAAUGGUCAGGCAGUUGGACUAGAUGAUCAUUACAGGUCUCUUUCAACUGGAAGUAUUCUUUCCGUCCUAUUCAGAUAUCCAAUACAAAACUGUCUUUGGGGAAAUGAGUCAUUCCCCGUGGAUCAUUAUUAUUAAUGCCUUCCAUAUUUGCCACUUCUCUGAAUAAUCUUGCUAGUUACAGUGAAACUUCGUCCCACGUUGUACCAGGUGGUGGCAGGUGUUUUUCUUAGCAAGGUGAAUCAGAGCUUUGCUUUGUGGUAGCAUACCACAGCCGUGUGAGGUCAAUACAGCCAUUAUAAUCUGGAAAGACCGAUACAGUUUGAAGCAACUAAUCAGAACAUGACAGCAGACAUACUGAGUCAGAGCAAAGGUUCAUCCAGCGCAGCAUUCUGUCUCUGACAGUGGCCAAAAAAGAACAUGGCAAGCCUGAGUGAUUAUUCUUGCAGGUGAUCUCUGCCCCAAAGCUAUUUGCAGCACAAGAACUCCCUGAGCCAGAGGCUGCUGCUGCACAUUGAGAAACCUCUGGUGCAUUUCCAGCACAUCAGCCAAUUCCCUUGAACACAGGCGAGCUUGCCCAUGUCCUACAGCAAGCGCUUCCACAGCUGAGCCCAGUGUUACGUGAAGAGCCACCACAAUUUUUGCCAUCCUUUUGAACUAGCUUCUUGCUAGUUCAGUUUAAUGCUCUGUUUCCUUAACAAGGACAUACAAAAUAUGCUUCCAGUCGUCAAGAAAAUGCAUCCUGGGUACCCUGUCCUUCAUCAGCAGUCCUUUGGAGUCUUCCUACGUACGCCAGCAGCAUGAUCCAUUUGCUUCCUCCAUAGACAACAUACAUCAAAGUCCUUAUUUUGAAGAAUGUUUUUUUCCUUGCUUUGAACAACAAACUAGUGUGUGUGUGUAAGAAGCAUCUUCUCACCAGCUGAGACAUUCUGCUCCACUGUUCCAGAACAUGAAACUACGUGGUCCAUCACCUUUCCUUACCUUAUGCUAUAGCUCUAGUGAUGAAUGGGUCUCAGUACACAUUAAUGUUAGCUUGCUUACAGCAUCAUAGAAUUGAUACGAUUCAAGUGUAGUUCAGUUAAGGAACAGUUGAAUAUUUGGUAGUUUGGGAUAUUACUCGAGGUCUGAGAGACACUUCUCCCAGUGAUGAGGCAAAACUGUUCUGCCAGUCACGCAGAUGAGAAGGAGGAGGAGGAGCAGCCUGGCUGAGAGCGCAGGAUUGCAGGCGGGAAGGAGGUUAUUCCAUGUUUCUCUGAAACCGGUCCCAGAGGAACCAUCUCCCAACACUUCCCUCCGCAUUCCCACCCGUGCUGGUCGUACAGGCUGUGCGUGGCAAGGGCUGGGGGGGGGGGUGCCCUUACCAGCAGGAAAUGAGCAACCCAGUUAGUGUCUGAGCCCUGAGCUCGCCCCGUGGCCCUGGGCUUUGUCACCACUGACUGGGCUGGAUUGAAAACUUGCUAAUAAAAAUAUUAGCAAUUUUCCUUGCUAAUAAGUUACUCACUGUGUUUCUUCAGCUCAGAAGUGCUUUGGUGGUGGUGUCCACGAGGAAGUGACUAACAGCCUGUCAUUCAAAAUGCAGUAACUUGGUUCUUGCAAAUUGUUAUGUCUAUUCCGAUUUGUUGUUUUACUGAAACAACUUAGUUGGUGAGAGAGGCGAUGAAUAAUUUUGGAACGUUUUAGAAGAUUUUGGAGAAGCAGACAGAAUUCCCUGGAGCUGGGAAAGGUUAUUAGAGGGAUUAGCGCUUGUGCACGUUGGAGGAUUUUUGGUGCGUUAGGGGAAGCCUUGCAGAGCCUGUGCCAGUAUACGCAGCUUUAGGGUGCCGUUUUUUGUGCAAAGGUCUGUUGCUGCUUUUCAAUGUUUAAACGCAUCAUGUUUAUUCAUCCUCUUUUUGCAGGUCUUUCAGAGAGACUGAGCUAUUUUGGAUAUCUGUAGUAUGGGCAAAUACUGUAAGAUUUCAGAGUUACUUUAUUACACUUAAUUUUCAGAGCUCUUUGACAAAUCGCUGUCUACUGGGAGGUAAAAUGAGUUUUCCUCUCCCCCUCCAUUUAUGGUGUUUCAACUACUGUUUCUAGAAUCAAAAUACACUGCCUGAGCCUACUUUGCAGUCUACAUCUUUUGUAGCAACAAUUAACUUCGACACUGUAAUGAAACCUACAGUGCCACUGGUGUAGGCAACAAUCAUUUUAGCCUACUGAGCUGGCAAUUUUUUUGCAAAGAUUAAUUUUUUUUAAAAAAAAACUUAUUACUAUCUCACUUUUGAAAUAAGCAGAGCAUUUUAAUUUUACCAGUAAUUUGCAAGAUAUAGAAAGAACAGUUGGGGUCCAGCUGCAGGUCAAAUGGCUAAAGACCAGGCUUUAAAAUAAGAUGAGCGAAGAAGCAGACUGAAACCUGGAUGGGGAAAUGGUUGCCUCAUGUACCCAGUCUUCUCCUCUUAACUGGGAAAGGUGUGGGGUGGUAUGAAGAAAUAAACGUACUUGGUUCCUUCCUCUACAAAGCUCUUGGUCUGUAUCAGAGAUGUCGGGGUAUGCCCAGGUGAUAGCUUCCUUCUCGUCUGCGCGAGAGGAAGCAGGAGUUUGGGGAGCACAUCGGCCAUCGCGCGGGAUUCUACUGAUAACAAGUACAUCUAAUUCUCAACAGCUCUUGCAGCCUCUGUGUUCCUUGUUCCUGUAUUUGUCUUCCAGCUGUCACAGCUGUCAUUAGGCUGAGACACCUGCUGUAAAGUUUGCUACUUGACCGGGAGGCUUUGUCCUCCUCUUGUUACUAGCAGUUAAAUAACCAACUGCACAGUGACACUGUGUUUAAAAAUAGCAGAUAAAAUAUUCGGGACUGUCAAAUGACUGGCAUGGCUUGUAGUUGGUACUGGACAAUCACAAACUUGAUAGAGAAAUUUAAUAUAUUAUCUGUGCAUUUUGUUUGUUUAUUUAUAUAGAAGGUGAAGAAGUGCCCGGAGUGCCGCAGUGAUGUGAAGAAGCAGCGAUUAAUCCAAGCUUUCUUCUGGGCAUAAUCGCACUGACAGAAAGGGCAAGUGCUUUGUAUCAGCAGAAAGAAAUGGCUGCACUCUGGCUCUCAAGCUGAACAGAAGCAGGAUGAAUAUUUAAAUAUCUUCAAUCCUUGGCACUGGAUUACAUGCUGUGCACCAACACGUAUCACUUCUUCCCACAAAGGUGAUCCAGCCUGGAAGGUCUCUCCAGCCCCUGGCAGGAGAAGGGGACAAAAGCAGCGUAUUGUCCUGUAUUGGAACCAAGAAGGUUAAUUUCUUACUACUUUUAGCUCGUCAAUUCUAUUAUGGCCACUCUUAGGCUUGAAACUUUAUGUCCUGGAGACAUCUGUCCUUCAUGAGCCUCUCAGGUAAUCCCAGAUCCUGGAAAAAAACCCAGCAGUAGUGCUACAGUGGAACUGAGCUGGCUAGGUGAGGAGGCCAGGCUCCCCAGCCUACCGCGCUGGCGUUCCUGGAAGAAGUGAUUCACUGUGUGGUGUUUGGCAGCAGCUGCUGUCUUCAGUAGCAGAAGAUACUGAAUUUUAAAGAUGAGCUCUUUAAAAACAACUUCAGGGAUUAGAUAGCAAGCAGGAACACUCCCUUGCAUCUGCUGUGUAUCCCAAAGCCUGACUCCUUCAUCGUGCUGGGUUUUUUUGAAAGGUGCUUCAAAGGAGGCUGUAGUUUCUGCUCAGUGCUGCUAUUUCCAUUGUGCCCGUGUGAUCUGAUGUUCACUUUCCAAAAAGAAAAAGGACCAUUUUCUCAUUUCUCAUUCUCAUUUUCUCUUAAAGAAAAUUGGCUUAAAACUUUAAAAUAAAUCAAGUUAGAUGGGUUACAAAAAACUCCUUCCACUCUCUGUCAGUAGUGGGUAUGAGCGGUUAACCUGUCCCAAUUUUAAAUCUUCAGUAGCUGCUGUAAAUUUAACUAUAAAUAAAAUCCUUUUUGUUUUAA